CCCCAUGACCCCGGUGGCUCUGCUCCUCGUGUCCACGUCUCUGGUCCCCACGUUCCUCGUGACCCAGGCAUCGCCAGGUCUCAAUGUGACAUUUGACCCAAGGACGAUGACACUGCGAUGGCCAUGCCAGGAAAACACUACAAAUGUCCGGUGCAUCCUGAUUCCCUGGGAAAAAGGACCCAUCAUGUCCAGGGGUGGAGAAUGUAGCUGCACCUUCAUGCAAGAGUCUCUGCACCGAGGACUCACUCUUGAGGUUCAAGCUACUGUCAAUCAAAGACCAGUUCAGGAAAAAUUGCUGUACACUAACCCAGGUGCAGACGGCACCGCUGUGCAAAAUUUCUCCUGUUCCAUCUACAAUGCGGGGUUCAUGAACUGCACGUGGGUGAAGGGUCGUGCAGCUCCUGACGAUGUCCAGUAUUUUAUGUACAUAAAAAACAAGAGGACACUGCUAGAAAUGGAAUGUCCCUGUUACCUUCAAGAGUCGGGAAUCCACACAGGAUGUCACCUGAGCAACUUGUCAUUGUUAAGUGUCAAAAGCUAUGUCCUGGUGAAUGGAAGCAGCCCAGCCAUGGGGAUCCAGUUUUUUGAUUCCAUUUUUUUAACCAAAGGAAUAGAGAAACUGGACCCACCAGCCAAUGUCACCGUCCACUGUAAUGUGUCACACUGUCACGUGAGGUGGCACCAGCCAAGGACCUGGCACAGAUUCACCCACCAGGACUUUCAGUACCAGCUGGACAUCCAGAGACAGAACAUCGAUCCAGGAAAUCUAAAUCCACUGAUCAACAUUUCGGGUAAUUCAGAAAAUAAAUACCAUUUUCCAAGCCCUGAGCCCAGACACAAGCACACGGUGCAGAUCCGGGUUGCGGACACCCGCCGACCACAGUGGAGCGCGUGGAGCCGGCCAGUGGAAUUCGCCUGGGAAAGUCAGACUCCUGUGUUCAGUCACCUGUAUGCGGUCACCUGCGUGAGGUCACCUGUGUGGAGUCACCUGUGUGAGGUCACCUGCGUGAGGUCACCUGUGUGAGUUUAUCUGCGUGAGGUCACCUGUGUGGAGUCACCUGUGGGAGGUCACCUACGUGAGGUCACCUGUGUGAGUUUAUCUGCGUGAGGUCACCAGUGUGAGGUCACCUGUGUGAGGUCACCUGCGUGAGGUCACCUGUGUGAGUUUAUCUGCAUGAGGUCACCUGUGUGGAGUCACCUGUGUGAGGUCACCUGUGUGAGGUCACCUGUGUGAGUUUAUCUGCGUGAGGUCACCUGUGGGAGGUCACCUGUGUGAGGUCACCUGCGUGAGUUUAUCUGCAUGAGGUCACCAGUGUGGAGUCACCUGUGUGAGGUCACCUGUGUGAGGUCACCUGUGUGAGUUUAUCUGCGUGAGGUCACCUGUGUGGAGUCACCUGUGGGAGGUCACCUACGUGAGGUCACCUGUGUGAGUUUAUCUGCGUGAGGUCACCAGUGUGGAGUCACCUGUGUGAGGUCACCUGCGUGAGGUCACCUGUGUGAGUUUAUCUGCGUGAGGUCACCUGUGGGAGGUCACCUGUGUGAGGUCACCUGUGUGGAGUCACCUCUGUGAGGUCACCUGCGUGAGGUCACCUGCGUGAGGUCACCUGUGUGAGCUUAUCUGCGUGAGGUCACCGGUGUGGAGUCACCUGUGUGAGGUCACCUGUGUGAGGUCACCUGCGUGAGUUUAUCUGCGUGAGGUCACCGGUGUGGAGUCACCUGUGGAGUGACCACGUGAGGUCACGUGGUCAGCUGUGUGGGUUGGGGACGUCCUGUGAAUGGGAGCUGGAAUGGGUGGCCUUUGUUUCCAUCUCCAAAAU